GAAGCCGUCCCUGUGCUCUGUGCAUAUCACAAGAUUUGGUCUCUCCUCUCUCUUCUCUCCGAGCUGCUGUAGGACUGGCUAUGGCCACCACUACUUCCGGGAUCCGUCAUUUCAUUCGCCCACCGCUCAGCGCCGCGAACUGACUCUGUUUCUAUAAGCAAGCUAGCAGCCAACCUGCCAACACUCGCUGACACUCACUCAUCUCAGUCUGGCCAGAUACGAAAUACCUACGGGGGGAAAGACAGAAAGGAGAGAUCCGAAUCGCACUCUGUUCAUUUCCACACCGCUUCUUUUUUUUUCCUCUUCUAUUUUUUACAGUGAUAAUAAAACAAGAUUGCGAUCUGGAGGCAUUAAAGGAGACGCGGACUUGCGGGAUGAAAACGGACUAAAAAAGAUUCGCCCUUCUCCUGAACAUCAUCACCAACCGUCAUUCAUUCAUUACCUUGACAACCUCUGGCUUUGAUUGACAGCUGGAGUGGCAAAAAGCCAUGAGACACGACAGUUUAGUUCCAUGCAGGUUGUUGAUGGGCCGAUUGUAGCGUCACUUUGGCCAUUUGUUUUUUAUUUUUGUCUUUCUUUUCCAAGAAGAGGAACAAGAAAUUUUGCCAAACUUUCACCCAUGCUACGACUUCAAGGCAACCAGACUGGCGAAUAGGACGAUUCGCAAAGUUGUUUUGAAAAAGGAAUCGUGCCACUGACUCACUUUCUGAGCCCGGACUGGAUUUUAAAUAUUCGGACCGAUUCGGGAGUUUAUUGGAGCGCAGGCUGAUGGCGCAACGGUACGAUGAGCUGGCCCAUUAUGGCGGGAUGGACGGGGUCCCGGCGUCCAUGUACGGGGACCCGCACGCUCCCCGGCCGCUUCCCCAGGUCCACCACCUGAACCACGGACCGCCGCUGCACGCGAGCCAGCACUACGGAGCGCACGCUCCGCACCCGAACGUCAUGCCCACCAGCAUGGGCUCCGCUGUCAACGACGUUUUAAAACGGGAUAAAGAUCAAAUAUACGGUCACCCUUUAUUCCCUCUGCUCGCGCUGGUUUUUGAGAAGUGCGAGUUGGCGACGUGCACUCCGAGGGAGCCCGGCGUGGCAGGCGGCGACGUCUGCUCCUCAGACUCCUUUAAUGAGGACAUCGCAGUUUUUGCCAAACAGGUCCGAGCAGAAAAGCCUUUAUUUUCAUCAAAUCCAGAGUUGGAUAAUUUGAUGAUACAAGCCAUACAAGUAUUACGGUUUCACCUCUUGGAAUUAGAAAAGGUGCAUGAACUCUGCGACAACUUUUGCCAUCGGUACAUCAGCUGUUUGAAAGGAAAAAUGCCAAUAGAUCUAGUUAUUGAUGAGCGGGAUGGCAGCUCGAAGUCAGACCACGAAGAACUUUCGGGAUCGUCGACUAACCUCGCAGAUCACGAGAUGGCUUAGACAACAGCGUGGCGUCGCCUGGCACAGGGGAUGACGAUGACCCAGACAAGGAUAAGAAGAGGCAGAAAAAGCGUGGCAUUUUCCCCAAGGUGGCCACAAACAUCAUGAGGGCGUGGCUUUUUCAGCACCUCACGCACCCCUACCCAUCUGAAGAGCAGAAGAAGCAGCUAGCCCAAGACACAGGCCUCACCAUCUUACAAGUAAACAACUGGUUUAUUAACGCCAGGAGAAGAAUAGUACAGCCUAUGAUUGACCAGUCAAAUCGAGCAGUGAGCCAAGGAGCAGCAUACAGUCCAGAGGGCCAGCCAAUGGGCAGCUUCGUGCUGGAUGGUCAGCAACACAUGGGGAUCCGACCAGCUGGGCCUAUGAGUGGAAUGGGGAUGAAUAUGGGCAUGGAUGGGCAAUGGCACUACAUGUAACCUCCAUCUUGUAAUGCAAAGAAAAAGGGGGAAGUCCACCAGUCAUGCCGGGGGAGUUUGAACCUCAGAGCAGUCCGAUGUGCAUGAGCAUGGGCCCACCCACGUACACCAACUCUCAUCAGAUGACUUCACUACUCCCACCAUUGACAAAGCCUUCUGGAUCACCCCCAUGCUCCCCACCCUCAUCGCACCAUGCUGAUGCACGGAGGACCCUCGCUGCACCCAGGAAUAACCACGUCGGCACAGAGAGUCCCCCUUCGCUCACUCCUAUUGGCCCCAGAUCUGCAGGACGAGGUCUGGGCAUCCAUGCCCAACAGUAAAGGGAACUUUGCUACCAUCAACAGCAGCUACACAGAAACAAUUCAGAAAAACAAAAAAAGAGAGAAAAAGAUAAUAAACAGCCCACAAUAAAACCUAUUUUGAGACUAUUUUUAAAAAUCAAAACACACCUUUUUGACCAGAUUUGACACUAAACAAACAGAAUUCCAGACGAGCUGUGAUUCUUCUUCGUUUUUUUUUUUUUUUUUUUUGUUUGUUUAACGUGUUCAUUUUGUUACUUUCAUCCAAACAGAGGACCAAGCUAACAGGAACACUUUGUAAAGUCUUGGGCUUUUGGUAAAGAUCAACAGAGGCUGUUGUGACGUGUGCAAUGACUGGACACAUGCACACACACACAAAAAAACCACACACACACACACACUUUCGCACUCGACACCCUAAACACGUUCAGUACACUUUCAUGUGACGCUCUUUGAAAAAAUAUCACUCUGGAAGGUUGAAAAAAAAAAAAAAGAACAGAAAGACUCCAAGAGUUAUAACUACUGUAGUAUAAAAAAGUAUAGACAAAUAAGUUAAAACUUGUGCAUUUCUUUUUUUUUUUUUUUGUUGUUGCUCACAUGUUUUUAUGUUUCCUGAGCUAGUUUUAGAAUUAAAGGUUAACCUGUUCUCUCUCACACUGUGUGUGCUCUUUCCUGGACAAGAAACUGUCUCGCAGCACAACACUAAAAAAACUAAAUAUACAAAGAAAACAAUAUGAAGAUGAAACAUCUCAAAAAAGCUUCAAACCACAAACGGCAAUCAGGUCCUGUCCCCCGUAACAGCAGGGCAUGAUGGGAAAGGCUGCUAAAGGACACCAGAUUGCUCUCAGAUUCACUUUGGACAUUUUUCAUGACCCCUCCUUUUUUUUUUUUGGUUCAUGAAUGAAUGUUUUGUCCUGUAGGUUUUAAAGGAAAAAAACAUUUUGUUUGACUUUGCCCAAGCACUGGAUUGUGUUGGUUUUAUACAUUUUUAUUUUUUAAUUUUAAUUAUUUGUUACCCUGGACUCUCGUUGGUAAGAGCCUAUGGAAGGAAGCUGAACGGUGGAAAAGCAACAUCCUGCGGCGCUUCUUCACCCGCAGAUCAACACAAGUCGCCACGCAGGACAGUACAGACACACACGUUGAUUCUGUGGCGCUGAAGAAGCGAUUUGAUGGUUGAUGCACCAAAAAACCUAAACAGAAAAAAAGAAAAGAAAAAAAAAAAAAAA